AUAGCGCAGGAAAAGUUUGUGUGUCUUAGUCGAAUAUUUAAACUACCACAUAUAUACCAAAUACAAUUUCGACGACCCAUAACAACUCCCAUUUCCAACGUAACGUAACGCACUUCCCCACCAAUCAUCCUAACACCACCUCGCAAAAAUAAGCCCACGCACCAACACUACGCGAUCGAACAACGAAACAAGUUUUAUUAUUAAGGGGGAGCCAAAUUAAUCCUACUCGAUCACGGUACCAUAUAUUCUCCUCCCUCGAUCCCCAUGAUGAUAAAAUAUUAAAAGCCCGAAUCUUUUAGUUUCCAAUCCAUUAGCUCACAGAGCCAGCUGAUCUCUCACUAUGCAUGGGCAAUGAACAACACCUCCUCCUCCUCCUCCUCCUCCUCCUCUCACUACGUGGAGAAAGAAGAAGAUGAAGGAGAAGAAGAGGAGGAGAGAGCGAAGUGCGAGUGGGACUUCCACCUAGCUGCGGUGGUGUCGUCGUCAUCGUCGGGGAAUCUCGGCGCUUCGGACGCCAUCGGGGCCAUCGACUUCGACCCCUCGGGACGGCUCCUCGCCACGGGGGGGAUCGCGAGGAAGAUAAGGGUGUACGAGGUCGAGCGCCUGUUGUCGCCGAGCGAGAGAGGAGGAGGAGGUGGUGAGGCGCGGGCGACGAGUUUCAAGGACCACGCGGGUUGCUGCGCGCGCUGCGUGUGCGCGCCGGCGAAGCUGAGCAGCGUGAGGUGGCGGCCGGACGGGGCGGGGCGCGUGGUGGGAUGCGGCGACUACGACGGCGUGGUGGCGGAGUACGACGUGGCGGAGGGCGGCGGCGCGGCGGUGUUCGAGCGCGACGAGCACGCGGGGCGGCGGGUGUGGAGCGUGGACUACGCGCCCGACGGGUCCCUGGGCGCGUCGGGCUCCGACGACCGCAGCGCCCACGUCUGGGACGCGCGCUCCGGCCCCGGCGCGGCGGCGCUGGUCGGGGUGGCGCGCGCGGGGGGCGCGGUGUGCUGCGUGGAGUUCGACCCCGGCGGGGGCCCCUGGGUGGCGCUCGGGAGCGCGGAUCGCAAGGCCUACGUGUACGACCUGCGCGCGAUGGGGCGCGGCGCCGCGGGGGUCAUGGAGGGGCACGCGCGCGCCGUGACCUACGUGCGCUUCGCGGGCGCGGGAAGCGUGGUGACGUCGGCGGCGGAUGGGACCCACCGCAUGUGGGAUUGGCGGGAGGGGAAAGAGACGAGGCGCUACGCGGGCCACGCGAACGGGAGGAGCUUCGUGGGGAUGGGGGUGUGGAGAGGGGCCGGGCUCGUGGGUAGCGGGUCGGAGACCAACGAGGUGUUCGUGCACGACCUCCGUUGGAAGGAUCCGAUAUGGGUUCGCGGGUUCGGGGGGAGCUCCGGGGACGUCGCCGCGGAGAGGGUGUUCGUGAGCGCCGUGUGUUGGAGACAAAAUAAUGCUAAUAAUAAUAAUAAUAAUAAUAAUAAUAAUAAUAAUAACAAUAACAACAACAACAAUGUUUACGGCGAUAAUUAUAAACUGGGAAAAGAUGAAGCGGGGUUGCUCGUCGCGGGGGGCUCCAAUGGGGUUCUGCAGGUGUUCGUUUGCAGAAGAAAAGAAGAGUUGAAUUAAACAAAAACAAAAACGAAAAAGAAAAAGACAAAGAAGAAGAUGAUGAUGGUUUAAUUUGUUUUUUCUUUUUUUCUUUUUUUCUUUUUUUUGGUGUUUUAUUUUGGUUGAAAGAGUUGAAUUAAAACUUCGAACACUGUAUGAUUUGAGAAGGAUUCGAUAUGAUGAUUCAUUUGUAAUUCGGAUUCUAACAGGAAAGAUGAAUUUCUUUUUUUCUUUUUUU